AUGGGUCGUUCACCUAAAUCAAGUUCACAUCGUCAUUCUAGUUCGAAUCAAAAGCAGAAGAAAAGAAAGGAUUCAUCUUCUCCCGAUUCUGAUCAUGCUAAUCAACGCUACCAAAGACGACAUCAAGAUCCAUCUCGCGCAGAUGAUAGAUCACGUUCAAAUGUUCGUAUUAAACAAGAGCCCGUGACGGAUGAUGAAUCUCGUCGUCCUCCUCGUCAACAAAAAUCUUUUGAACCUCCUGGAACAAAUCGUCGCAAUCCACGUGAUAGAGAAGAGAAACCUCAACAAUGGGGGAAACAAACUGAAAAAGACAAACCAAAAGAAGAACCUGUAGAAAAAGAAAAACCAAAUUUUGGUCUAUCCGGUGCAUUACUUAAAGAUACAAAUACGUACAAAGGCGUUGUUAUUAAAUAUAGUGAACCUGUCGAAGCACGGAAACCGAAACGGCGUUGGCGUUUUUAUGUUUUCAAAGGAGAGCAAGAAUUACCAAUGUAUCAAAUUCAUCGUCAAUCGGCUUAUUUAAUUGGCCGUGAUCGUGCUGUUUGUGAUUUACCAGUUGACCAUCCGUCAUGUUCGAAACAACACGCUGUUUUACAAUAUCGUUUAGUCGAUUACAAGCGAGAUGAUGGUUCAACAGGCCGCCGAGUUAUACCCUAUGUUAUUGAUUUAGGUUCAGCUAAUGGUACAUUUCUUAACAAUCAAAAGAUCGAACCACAACGUUAUUAUGAAUUGAGAGAAAAUGAUGUUAUUAAAUUUGGAUUUAGUACGCGUGAAUAUGUUUUAUUGCAUGAAGAUUCAGCAAACAAUGUUGGUCCGGUUGGUAACUAUGAAGAUGACGGCGUAGAAAUCAAACAAGAACCCGUAGAGCCCACGAAAAAAUAA